CAACGGUCUGGUUGUUUCUCCUAAAUGUCAUGCCUCGUAAAGAUACGAAGCAGUCCUGGGUAGGAUUGACACUGCUAUGUGAUCAAGGUUUUGAUGUCGUGUCGGACGCUCUGCGUGUGACCUGGAAGACGGCUCUAGCCAUUCGACCGACCGUCGAAGGCCUCCAAACAUGAGAAUACAAAAGCAUCACCUUGCCCAGUGUGAACGGUGUCAUCCAUUCUGAUAUCAGUCCCUCAUCAUGCCACUCAAGUACAUUUCCACUUUGUUGCUUGGUCUCGUCGCCAUCACCGUCGCAUCUCCUUUGUUGGACGUGCGUGCUGUCUCUCCGUCUGUCACUCUUUCCUCUGGUGUGGUUGUGGGAACCGCAACUGCUGUACUCAAUCAACCGAGCGUCACGGGACUUGUUGAUGCCUAUCUUGGUAUACCAUAUGCAGACACUCCCAAGAGAUUUGAGCCUCCUGUUGCGUACUCAGGCUCUUGGACAACACCUUUUGCUGCUCAGAAAUUUGGAGAUGCUUGCAUACAGCAAAUUAACACUACUGACUACCCAUCUUCCGAGAAUUGCCUCUUUGUCAACAUCUAUGUCCCCCCAAACACAAUCCCAUCUAGUCAGAAGCCAGUCAUGUUCUGGAUCCAUGGUGGUGACCUCGCUAUCGGCGCUGGUUCCAAUGUAGAGUUCAAUGCUAGCUCUCUUGCUGUCAAUCAUGAUGUCGUGGUUGUCACCUUCAACUAUCGCUUAAGCAUCUUUGGUUUCCCUAAUGCACCCGAACUCCGAUCAUCUACACCCAAUCCUGGCUUCCUCGACCAGCGUCUUGCUCUACAGUGGGCUCGAGACAACAUCAACGCCUUCGGUGGUGACAAAUCACAUAUCACAAUUUUCGGUGAAUCAGCUGGUGGCUACUCCGUUGCUCAGAUCCUCGCUCUUCCACCAAAGCCUCUACCUUUCGUGGCUGCCAUCAUGGAGUCGCCUAUAUAUCUUCUACCUGGCGAUGGGAGCAAGAACUGGAAUAACGUCAGCUCACACUUUGGUUGCGAUGUCAAUUCAUCUCUAGCGUGUCUGCAAAAGGUUGAUGCCACAGAGCUCCUCAACUACAUCAGAAGUGCUGGUAUCAGUCUGCUUUGGCCUCCUGUCACCGAUGGUAUUACACAGGCUGGUAGCAUCUCGGACGCCAUAUCCGCCGGUUCAUUUGCUGAUGUGCCUGUCUAUAUGGGUACCAACACGCAAGAACUCGAUGGCUUGUUAUCUGCUCUUGGUCUUGGAAACGACAACGCGAACAACGCGACUGCGAUUCUCACUAAACUCCUUGGCACCAAUAUCACAGCACUCGUGGCACUUGUCGGCCCCAAGUAUAAUGAUGACCCUCCUGUAGACCUCAUUGGACAGAUCCUGACAGAUCUUCUAUUCACCUGUCCCGUGGCUAGGUUUGCUCGGGAGCUUGCACUCAACAACUAUGACACUUGGAGAUACUGGUACGGCCUAGCCACUGCCACUUAUGGUUCCAAGUAUGUUGUCCAUGCAUCCGAGGUCGCUCAAGUUUUCGGCUCUUACCCUCUGGCAAAUGAAAAGGGCGUAGCAUCUGAAGAUCAAAUUCAGUUGAGUGCCUUAAUGCAGACUAUCUGGACAGAUUUUGCAAAGAACCCAUACGCUGGACCUGGUUGGCCGAAGAUCUCGAAGAGUGUGAACAACAAAUUUGGGCUUCUGGGUGGUGCUCGUAACUCAAGCGGUCUUCAAGUUAUUCCUACCUUUACUGCUGACUAUCCUUGUGGUAUCCUUGACGGUCUUGCCGCCACAGGUAAGGUGGGGAUCUUGGAGGUCGGGACAUCUUAG